CGCGAUUUGAUGCGGAUCUUUUUCGUGACAGGACCAAUAGAAGCUUAUCAGUUGCAGCUGACGGCUAGCUCCAAGCAUUCCCGCUUCUACUGUAUUGUCACAGGCGAAUGUGAUUUGAGUUGCUGUAGAUAUGCAAAUGCGUAUAUCACAUGAGAGUCAAUAGCCUCAAUCCAAAGUGCUAACCUCCGCUGAGAAAGAUCCUGUAGAGGCCAAAUCAACACAAACAUGGCGCCCAACUUUGAGCAAGCCCGGAAGCAAAUCUACGAAGCACACGAUGAAGAUCCUAACAAGCAUGUGACCAGCAGCGGAGAGCAACUCCCCUACGAGACCCAUUAUUCCCAGAAGAUGGAAUCAUAUCUCGCAAAGCGCGCACCAGACGCUUCCGACAUCCUCAAAUUGGCAAUCUGCGGGCAACAUUUCAGAAGAUGGGAAGUCCCCCGCGAUCAAUUCCCCAUGACCAAGCUAGGCUAUCACUCCUGGCGUACGCAUCUCAAGAAGCGACAAGCGAAGCUCAUCGGGGAGAUUGUUGAGCAAAAUGGCUACUCCGCCGAGGAUAAGCAGCGUUGUAUUGCUUUGAUCGAGAAGGAGGGUCUUCGUCAGGGCGAGCCUGAGGUGCAAGUCCUGGAGGAUGUCGCAUGUUUGGUCUUCCUGGAUGAUCAAUUCGAUGAAUUCAAGGAAAAGCAUGAUGAGCAGAAGAUUAUCACAAUUUUACAGAAGACGUGGGUUAAAAUGUCCAAGGAGGGACAAGAUAUGGCCUUGCAGAUCCCAAUGACGGAGGAGUGCAAAGCACUUGUUGUGAAGGCUUUGAGCGGAUGAUUGCGGUUUUCUUUCUCUCUGGAUUGAUGUGGCAGUAGGAGAGGACUCUGACGAGUACAAGACAAGCGCUCAGAGAUAUUCUCGACAAUGACCAUAUAAGCCGCUUCCGUAGAUUUGGAAUUCAGCUGAUGAGAUGAGACGUGAACAUCACAUUCACAGAGAAGUUGCUCAUAACGCUGUUGAAUCUCGCAAUCGUUAAAUUGUGAUUAUACUAAG